AUGAUUGCAAGCGUUCUGUCCGUUGGAUUAACCAUUACUUGCGCUUAUGCGCUCCCACAGGCUACCUUCAAGCGACAUAUCUCAGAGCUUCGUCCCAGCUACGACUACAUUAUCGCUGGUGGUGGUACAGCAGGCCUAACAGUAGCUGAUCGACUUACCGCUGCCUUUCCAGAAAAAACAGUCCUCGUUGUUGAGUAUGGCGAGGUCGAACAGGCUCCUGGCGUCUUUGACCCGCCUACCACGGUAUGGGGUGGGGCGAGUGCAAAAGUAGGAGCAUUCACUUUCAACUCGCUUCCUAACCCAGACAUGAAUGACAAAGAGGCUUUGGUGCUUGUUGGGAAGACUGUCGGUGGAAGUAGUGCUAUCAAUGGCAUGUACUUCGAUCGUGGAUCUAGACAUGACUACGAUGCCUGGGCCCAGAUCGGAUAUCCUGAGUUCAACUACAGUGCGAUUGGGUGGGACUGGGAUAGCUUGUUUCCCUACUUCAAGAGAAGCGUGACUUUCACCGAGCCGAUGCCGGAUUUGGUGGAAAAGUAUGGGUAUACCUGGGAUAUGUCUGUGUAUGGAGGUACGACACCCAUUCAUUCUAGUUUUCCGCCCUUCUUAUGGGGUGACCUUCACGUCGCAAGGGAGGCUUGGAAAGACAUGGGCAUCCGAGCGUUGGACGAAUGUGCAGGGGGCUACAAGGAAGGGUUGUGUUGGGUACCCAUAUCUCAGCAUCCGAUCACUGCGAGGCGCUCUCAUGCGGGAUUAGGUCACUAUGCUGAGGUCAAGAGCAAUAGGUUGAACUAUGACUUGCUAGUGAAACACCAGGUUAUCAGAGUUGUCUAUACCGACGGCGCUUCGCAUGGACCACCACGGGUUGAGAUACGGUCUUUGUCAGAAGACGUGACGUUUAAUGUGACUGCCAAAGCCGAAGUUAUCAUAUCGGCCGGGGCAUUGCACACGCCUACUAUCCUACAACGGAGCGGUAUCGGAUCUGCACCCUCACUCUACGCUACGAACAUCACUACGGUGUUGGAUCUUCCUGGUGUGGGCUCAAACUUGCAAGACCAUUCGUCACCUGGUAUAGAAUGGAAUUACUCAAAGCCUGGUAACUUCUCCAAUAUGCCUUCGGAUAUGCUCAAUCCCGCGUUUGCCACUCAAGCAGCAGCAGAGUUCAACAUGACGCCAGCACGGGGCCCGUACACGUUGGCUAUGAGUAACACUGCUCUCUAUAUAUCACUUCCUAAAGUGACCGAGGACUAUAUGGCGAUAAUCAAGGAGAUGCGCAAGGUAGCUGAUGAUGGCUCAGCGGCGUCUCAUCUGCCAGGCAAAUCCCACUCAACACUCAUUGCCGGUUACGAACGCCAACUUCACGUCCUCGCGGACCUUCUUGCGAACUCCGAGGCACCCAGUGUAGAAGUACCGUUUGCAACUGGGACGACUAUGCGCCCAAUUCUUCUCCAUCCGUUGAGUCGCGGCACUGUUCGUCUCAAUUCGACUGACCACUUGGCUCAGCCUAUACUCGACUACCGGGCUGGUUCUAGCCCAAUUGACUUCUCCAUUCACAUUGCCCAUAUUAAAUGGCUUCGUAAAGUACUGGAUACGCCCACCAUGCGUAGAUAUGGCGCGGUAGCAGUCGAUCCAGAUCUGUCUAUCCAAUCGGACGAAGACCUCAAAGCAUACGUCAAGGAAUCAAUGGUAUUGUCGCACAUGCAUCCAUGCUGUACGGCGGCGAUGUUGCCGAAAAGUCUAGGAGGCGUUGUAGGGCCGGAUCUGAAGGUUCACGGUGCAGCUGGUCUGCGCGUCGUCGACAUUAGUAUCUUGCCCUUUCUACCAAGUGCGCAUACAAGUUCUACAGCCUAUGCCAUUGCAGAGAAGGUUAGUGAAGUAGCAGUCUUUGAAGAAUGA